GUGUCUGAAAUCUGCCUUUCAUAGCACACUGUCUUCCCCACCCCUUCUCCCGCCUCCCGACUCUCUUCCUGCACUGGUAGAUGCUCCGGUCCAGUCCUCUCUGUCUGCACUCAUUUCCAUCUGUCUCUUUUUUUUCUUCACUUCUGUUGUUUUGUUUUUUUAAAUUUUCUUUCUUUGAGCUGAAGCUGAGUCUUCAGACUGAAGGUGACAUGACUGUAGAAAAAGAAAACAAUGGACUUGACAACUAUGCGUUUGCACUGGAAGGACGUUUCUGUGACCUCCCAGACUCUGGAGAGGAUCUGGACUCAUCCAUCGAUGAAGACAACAACAAACUGGCGUAUUGUGUCACAGAUGUUCCUCCCUGGUACCUCUGCAUCCUCUUGGGCACUCAGCACUGUCUUACUGCCUUUGGGGGCAUCAUCGCCAUCCCUCUGAUCCUGUCCCAGGGUUUGUGUCUGCAACAUGACGGCCUGACUCAAAGCCACCUCAUCAGCACCAUCUUCUUUGUUUCUGGUAUCUGCACUCUGCUACAAGUUACCUUUGGAAUUAGGCUCCCCAUUCUGCAGGGCGGCACCUUCACAUUGUUGGCCCCCUCCAUGGCGAUGCUGUCCAUGCCGGAGUGGACGUGUCCCGCCUGGACACAGAACGCCAGCUUGGUCAACACGUCCUCGGUUGAGUUCAUUGAAGUCUGGCAGAGUCGGAUGAGAGCGCUGCAGGGCUCCAUCAUUGUGGGCUCCCUUUUUCAAGUGUUUGUUGGAUUCUCGGGCCUGAUCGGCCUCUUUGUGCGCUUCAUUGGACCUCUCACCAUUGCUCCCACCAUCUCUCUUAUUGGACUGUCCCUGUUUGACUCAGCUGGCAGCAGUGCUGGCAAUCACUGGGGGAUCUCUUCAAUGACCACGGCGCUGAUCAUCCUGUUCUCACAGUACCUGCGUCACAUUUCUGUACCCUUUCCAACUUACAACAAGCAUAAAAAGCUCCACACCUCUCGAAUUUACCUCUUUCAGAUUCUCCCUGUUCUUCUGGGAAUCACUUUUUCGUGGUUGAUCUGCUACAUAUUGACCACCUGUAAUGUGCUUCCUGCUGACCCAGACCACUAUGGUUACCUGGCACGCACAGAUUUGAAAGGAAACGUGAUUGAACAAGCUCCCUGGCUGACUUUUCCUUACCCAGGUCAAUGGGGGAUUCCAACCGUGAGUCUGGCAGGGGUGGUCGGCAUCUUGGCUGGCGUGAUUUCCUCCAUGAUAGAGUCUGUUGGGGAUUAUCAUGCUUGUGCGAGGUUAUCUGGAGCUCCACCCCCACCGAAACACGCCAUCAACAGAGGGAUUGGCAUCGAAGGGCUGGGAUGCCUGCUGGCCGGCGCAUGGGGGACUGGAAACGGAACCACCUCGUACAGCGAGAAUGUUGGUGCUCUUGGUAUAACAAAGGUGGGCAGUCGUGUGGUGAUAGUGGCCAGCGGAGUCCUGAUGAUUGUAAUGGGUGUCCUCGGCAAAGUGGGUGCUAUCUUUACCACCAUCCCAUCUCCAGUGAUGGGAGGAAUGUUUAUGGUCAUGUUUGGUGUCAUCUGUGCUGCUGGAGUUUCUAACCUGCAGUACACGGACAUGAACUCCUCUCGAAACAUCUUCAUUUUUGGAUUUUCCAUGUUCUCUGGUCUGGUCAUUCCUAACUGGAUCUUAAAAAACCCCAAAGCUAUAGCUACAGGUGUGGUAGAACUUGACCAGAUGCUGCAGGUUCUACUGACAACCAGCAUGUUUGUUGGGGGUUUCUUCGGCUUCAUACUGGAUAACACAGUUCCAGGAACCAAGCAGGAACGAGGCAUCCUGGCCUGGAAUAAGGCUCACGAGGACGACUGCAGUAACACGCUGGAGAGCGGAGAGGUCUACAGUCUCCCCUUUGGCAUCAGCGCCUACUUUUCCACUUUUUCCUGGCUUCGUUACAUACCGUUCUGUCCUCCUGGACUCCAAAACUCACUAGAGCCCAAGCAGCCACUGGAAAAUUUGCAAACAUCGCAAUUCAACAUCGGGAUCGGACCAUGAGACCUGUAGUCGCUCUAGCGUGCCAUCUUGUGGGAAGAUCAACGUCAUCACUGGCAGCACAGAUAGUAUGGCAUCGUAGGGUAUGAUGCAAAAGGAGAAGGUAGCUCUGUGUUCCAUGUUCAGCUAUGAGAAACGGUAUUUACAAAACUGAGUAAAGGUGGAACUUUCAUUGCUUAAAUUCUUAAGAAUGAAUUACAAACAAUUUUUUUUUUUCUCAGACAAAAACAAAAAACAAAAGAACCAAUUUGCUUUAAAAGGAAAAAAAGUAUGAAUUUGGUGCAUUCAUGCUUCUUUUUGAGUAAAAGUCAAUACUAAAUCCUUAAGUUCUUUAAAACCAGCCCCAUUUCUUUGACUUAGCAUCAGAACUUUGUCACAUCCAGGUGCUUGUGGAUAAUAUAUAAACACUAUGAAGACUUGUAAAUGUCAAUAAACUCAUUAUUUCACGCUCUACCUAUGCAUCCAUGAAUGUAUAUUUUUGUAAAUAGUAGAACUCACAUUUGAAUCAGCACAUAUUAAUUUUAAUUAAAGACUAAUUCAGAUGAAAA